GUAUACUUAUGGGCUAGAAUGAAAUUAACAGUUCACAACUGCACAAGAAGAAAGAGGUGAUGGCCUAGAUUAGCAUGGUGGUGAUGGAGUUAUGAAGAUUGAAGAGACAAUGAAGAGGCAGAGCCAGCAGGACUCAGUAAAAAGCGCUGCCCAGGAAAAGGGAGGAGUCUCAGCCAUGAGCCUCCACCUCCAGGGUGGCCACAGCCCCCUCCCUGGCAGAGCUAAACACCACAUGGAUCCAGGCUGUAGCCCUUUGCCUACUGCUCAGCAGGUGCCUCUGGAUUGAUAAGGAAAGAUUUCCUGUGGUGGGAACUGAGGGGAAGGAGAAGGAGCUGACCCAUUCCUGCCUAGGAGACUGUGGCCGAAGGAAGAUGGCUAGAGCUUGGUGUCCACCGCCUGCCCUGUGUUUUCUGCAGUUGGCCCUGCUGCUCUUGGGACCUGGUGCCGGCCCUUCUGCCUGGGCCUUGAACCUGGACCCAAUGCAACUCACCUUCUAUGCAGGCCCUAAUGGCAGCCACUUUGGGUUUGCUCUGGACUUCUACAAGGACAGCCAUGGAAGCGUGGCCAUCGUGGUGGGCGCCCCGCGGACCCUGGGCCGUGGCCAGGAGGAGACGGGUGGCGUGUUCCUGUGCCCCUGGAGGGCUGAGGGCAGCCAGUGCAGCCCACUGACCUUCGAUCUCCGCGAUGAGACCAGCAACACAAGCUCCCAAAGCUUCCAGAUCUUCAAGGCCCGGCAAGGCCUGGGGGCGUCAGUCGUCAGCUGGAAAGACAUGAUUGUGGCCUGCGCCCCCUGGCAACACUGGAACGUGCUAGAAAAGUCCAAUGAAGCCGAGAAGACGCCCGUGGGUGGAUGCUUCUUGGCUCACUUGCAAAGCGGGAGCCGCGCAGAGUACUCGCCCUGCCGGGACAAGAUCAUGAGCAGCACCUACAAAGCCAAUGACUUCCAAAAUGACAAACGCUACUGCGAAGCGGGCUUCAGCUCCGCGGUCACCCAGGCCGGGGAGCUGGUGCUCGGAGCCCCGGGCGGCUAUUUUUUCUUGGGGUUCCUGAUCCGGGUUUCAAUUGACGACAUCCUUUCGAAUUACCGGCCCGGAAAACUCUUGUGGAACGUGCUCACCCAGAGCUUCACCUCCGACUACAGCCACCCCAAGUACUUCGACGGCUACCGAGGGUACUCAGUGGCCGUAGGCGAGUUCGACGGCGACCUCAACACCACAGAGUAUGUCGUCAGUGCCCCCACUUGGAGCUGGACCAGGGGAGCGGUGGAUAUCUUGGAUUCCUACGGCCAGACUCUAUUCCGGCUUUUGGGAGAACAGAUGGCUUCGUAUUUCGGGCACUCGGUAGCUGUCACUGACGUAAACGGAGACGGGAGGCACGAUCUGCUGGUGGGCGCCCCGCUGUUCAUGGUGAGCCGCCCAGACCGCAAGCUGGCCGAGGUGGGGCGCGUGUACCUGUUCCUGCAGCCAAAGGGUCCCCACCUGCUGGGCGACCACAGCCUCCUGCUGACCGGCACUGAGCUCUACGGGCGGUUCGGCUCUGCCAUCGCACCCUUGGGCGACCUCAACCGGGAUGGCUACAAUGAUGUGGCAGUGGCUGCGCCCUACGGUGGUCCAAGUGGUCGGGGCCAAGUGCUGGUAUUCCUGGGCCAGAGCGAGGGGCUGAGCUCACGUCCAUCCCAGGUCCUGGACAGCCCCUUCCCCGCGGGCUCUGGCUUUGGCUUCUCCCUGCGAGGUGCCACAGACAUCGAUGACAAUGGAUACCCAGACCUGCUGGUGGGAGCUUACGGAGUCAACAAGGUGGUUGUGUACAGAGCCCGGCCCGUGGUCAUGGCCAGCAUCUGGCUGCAGGUGCAAGAUUCGUUGAAUCCUGCUGUGAAGAAUUGUGUCCUGCACCAGACCAACACCCCCGUGAGCUGCUUCAAGAUCCAGAUGUGUGUGGGAGUCACUGGGCACAACAUUCCCCAGAGGCUAUCCCUGUCCGCCGAGCUACAGCUGGACCGGCAGAAGCCCCGCCAGGGCCGCCGAGUGCUUCUGCUGGACUCCCAGCAGGCCAGCACAAUCUUCAGCAUUGACCUGAGCGGGAAGCAGAGUCCCAUGUGUUACAACACUACAGCCUUCCUUCGCGAUGAGACUGACUUCCGGGACAAGCUGAGCCCCAUCAUGCUUAGCUUCAACGUGUCCUUACAGCCCAAGGGAGCUGGGGUGGCUCCUGACGUUGUCCUGCAUGGAGACACACAUGUUCAGGAACAGACCCGCAUCAUCCUGGACUGUGGGGAAGAUGACCUCUGCGUGCCUCAGCUGCAGCUCACUGCUAACGUGACAGGCUCCCCACUCCUGGUUGGGGCUGAUAACGUGCUGGAGCUGCAGCUGGUCGCAACCAACGAGGGUGAGGGGGCUUACGAGGCUGAGCUGGCCAUGCACCUGCCUCCUGGAGCACACUACAUGCGGGCCCUAAGCAACCUGGAGGGCUUGGAGAGGCUCAUCUGUAACCAGCGGAAGGAGAAUGAGAGCAAGGUGGUGCUAUGUGAGCUGGGCAACCCCAUGAAGAAAGCAGCAAGGAUAGGGAUAACGGUGCUGGUGAGCGUGGGGCAGCUGGAAGAGGUCGGGAACAGCGUGUCCUUCCUGCUACAGAUCAGGAGCAAGAACAGCCAGAAUCCCAACAGUGAAGUCCUGCCACUGGAUGUGCCUGUCCGGGCAGAGGCCCAAGUGGAGCUGCGGGGGAACUCCUUCCCAGCCUCCCUGGUGGUGGCAGAGGAAGGUGACCAGGAACACAACAAGUUGGACUUCAAAGUGGAGCACACCUACGAGCUCCACAACAACGGACCGGGCACUGUGCGGGGUCUCCACCUAAGCAUCCAUCUGCCAGGCCAAUCUCAGCCCUCGGACCUGCUCUAUAUCCUGGGCAUAGAGCCGCAGGGGGGCCUCCAGUGCUCCUCACAGCCCUCCCCCAACCCUCUCAUGCUGAGCUGGAAGCUGCCCACUGCCAGCCCUUCUCCCCCGCUCCCGAUCCAGCACAAGCGGGAGCGCAGGCACGCCCUGCUGCCCGAGCCCCUGCAGCCUCAGGAUCCCGUCCUAGUGAGCUGUGAUUCCGGGCCCUGCACCGUGGUCCAAUGUGAGCUGCAGGAGAUGGAGCGCGGCCAGCGAGCCAUGGUCACCGUGCUGGCCUUGCUGGGGCUGCCCCGCCUCCGCGAGAGGCCGCUGGAUCAGUUCGUGCUGCAGUCGCAUGCCUGGUUCAACGUCUCCUCCCUCCCUUACGCGGUGCCUGCGCUGAGUCUGCCCAGUGGGGAAGCUCUGGUGCAGACUCAGUUGCAGCGCAUCCUGGAGGAGCGGGCUGUCCCAGUCUGGUGGGUACUGCUGGGCGUGUUGGGCGGCCUCCUGCUGUUCACCCUCCUGGUCCUGGCCAUGUGGAAGGCUGGCUUCUUCAAGCGGAAUCGGCCACCCCUGGACGAUGAAGACGAGGAAUGACUGGACAAUCCACACUCAGUGCCUGCGGGAAGGCAGGGCCUGCCACCUGUGCUCCCUCCCCAACUCCUGCUACUGGCCCAGAUGCCCACUGGCUGGAAUGGUUCUGUAAGGGCCCCUGCUGCCUAAUAA